AUGCCAUUGACGGGAGGCCAGCUGGAAGAGCUGAAUUUGUUUCAGCGGAAAGUGCAUGAGGAUGAGCCCAAAGAUCUUUUACAAUUCGCCGCAAACUAUUUUAACAGAAGGCUGGAACAACAGCGGUUUUUUGCCCGUAAUCAAGAGUCAUUGGCACUCUCAAAGGGCAUUGUGCUGUUUCCGUCUGCGACAAGAAACGAUUCGGUUGUUGCAUCGGCUUCGGCUGUUGCUGGACUAGGAGGAGCAGAACCGCAAUCCAAUGAUCAAAUCUUCAAAGCGUCGUUCGCAGAAACUGAUCCACAUGCCACGGGUGCUGCAGCUGCAAGUGGAGAUGCAGCACAGGCUUCAGCCACAGCCGGUGGCGAGGAAGGCGGUGAAUUGACCGGUUUUGGCUCCGGUAUCUUCAAAGAUAACUUCCGUGUGAAUCAAAGCAGUGACAAGCAUAUAAAGAAGCCCGUGGACCCCAUGGCACCUGCAGAGCAAAGCGGCUCGUCGCCACAGCCCACAAAAAUUCCCAGAAGAUCGGUGGCAGUGCCAAGACCAUUGCCCAUGAAUUUUAACGCUCAAAGACGUACAUCGGUAAGUGGAGAGACAAUGCAGCCCGACAAUUUCGAUGAUUGGAAGCCUGAAAACUUCACCGAAAAGACAGGACCACAGUUGGAGAGGCUGGAGAAGGCUAUUGGCCGUAACUUUUUAUUCAAUAAGCUCGAUACCGAGUCUAAAAGACUGGUCAUAAACUCGUUGGAGGAGAAAAGGGUAAAAGAAGGCAACGAGAUUAUCAAACAAGGUGACGAAGGAGAUUACUUCUACAUUGUGGAAAAGGGCAACGUGGACUUUUUCGUGGGAUCGCAAAAGGUCAACACCUCGGGCCCCGGCUCCAGUUUUGGAGAACUGGCCCUCAUGUACAACAGUCCCAGAGCGGCCACUGUUUUGGCCACCACUGACUGCGUGCUGUGGGCUCUUGAUAGAUUGACUUUUAGAAGAAUCCUACUGGGCAGCUCUUUCAAGAAGAGAAUUCUGUAUGACGAACUCCUCAAAUCCAUGCCUGUUUUGCAGUCUUUGACCACUUACGACCGUGCCAAGCUGGCGGACGCUCUAGAUACAGAAAUAUACCAGCCGGGCCAAAUUAUAAUCCGCGAAGGCGACAGCGGUGACAACUUCUAUUUUAUCGAGUUUGGUGAGGCGGAAGUGUCCAAGGAGCAACACGGUAUCAUCGCACACCUCAAGCAGGGUGACUAUUUCGGAGAAGUAGCACUGUUGAACGAUCUACCACGUCAGGCCACGGUGAAGGCUAUAAAGAAGACCAAAGUAGCCACGCUCGGCAAGAGUGGAUUCCAGAGACUGCUGGGGCCUGCUGUGGAGGUCUUGAAGCUCAACGACCCUACUCGUGUCGACCACUGA